ACAGGAGAGAAGCCAUACCAUUGCGGCCAGUGUGGAAAGAGUUUUAGCCUGUUAGGAAGCCUGAAAGCUCAUGAGCGAAUACACUCAGGAGAGAAGCCAUACCAUUGCGGCCAGUGUGGAAAUAGUUUUAACCAGUUAGGAAACAUGAAAAGACAUGGGAGGAUACACACAGGGGAGAAGCCAUACCACUGCUCCCAGUGUGGAAAGAGUUUUACGGCGUUAGUUAAGCUGGAAGCUCAUGAGCGAAUUCACACAGGGGAGAAGCCUUACUACUGCUCCCAUUGUGGAAAGAGUUUUAACCAUUUAGUUAACAUGAAAAGACAUGAGAGGAUACACACAGGAGCGAAGCUUCACCAUUGUUCCCAGUGUGGAAAGAGUUUUAAGCGGUUAGACACCCUCAAAGAUCAUUUGCGAAUACACACCGGGGAGAAGCCUUUCCGUUGCGCCCAGUGUGGAAAGAGUUUUAGCCGGUCAGGAAGCCUGAAAGAGCAUGAGCGAAUUCACACAGGGGAGAAACCUUACCGCUGA